AUGGAUAGCUGGGGCUGGUUGGAACCUCGCGCCGAGGGCGACGUUACGAGCUACGAUGGCGACGCUUCAUUACGAGGCCCCUACCGGGCAACGAACGCUUCGACGUCGGCUUUGAUCAACCAAUUCCGCUUCCAGGCGGCGAAAUCGAUUCGAACCUCGACCAUCAUCCUCGCCGUCUUCAAUGUUAUUGCUGCAUUCGCUACAGCAGUUGGUAUCUUCUGGGAUGGCUAUGGCUCGAGAAAGAGGAACAACCCAAAGUUUGGCUUCAGAACACACGGCUUUACAUUCGUUGGACCUGCCGAGUCUUUCCCGCUUGUUCUGUCUGUCGGAAUCGUCGUUCAGGGCAUUGUCUUCGCAGUCGCUCAGUCGACUGGACUCGACCACCUUUUGACUCUCGGCUGCACCAUCACUUCUCAGAUGAUGUUGCCUGCCGUCUUCAUCGUUCCCUACAUUCAACUAGUAUUUGCUCUCGAAGUGGCCAUUCGGUCUCUACGAAAGAACCCCUUGCCUCCCCGUGGCAAGUGGAACGUUACGAUUUGCCUCGCUAUCGUUGGCACUUUCCUUCUUAUUACCUACCUCGUCACUCUAUUUAUCCGCCCUCCGAACUUUUGCUUCGCCUCGCUCUUCUGGUUCGUCCAGCGAUGGAAGGAGGGCUGCUUCGCACUUCUCGUCUUGAUCUCGGCGGUGUUGUUUGGCUGUGCUAUGAUCAUCUUCUUCAGACUUCACAACAACUCGAGAAUCGAGAACGCUGAGCGCGUUGCUGCUUCAAGGAUGGUUUACUUCCUGGCGGUCGCCUUCAUUUCGACCACCCUCCUUAUCCCAUUCUUCUUUAACCUUUCCUUUGUUGAGCAGCGAGGUGCCACUGGCCAAGCUCUCACUCUCUCUAUGAUUGCGUCAGUCGUCGCCAACGUAUCAGGCCUAUUGACUGGCGGCCUUCACCUAUUCCUGCGUUCAAACACCUUGUCGACUAUCGGCCCCCGCGAUAAGUGGGAGUCUGAGCGUAAUAAGCUCAAGGCCGGAAUUAGGGUCUGGGCUCCUAAUGGUGACGACGAUUACGAACACCACAUGAUGAACCCCGUCGGCAGGGCACGGUCUCUCCAGCGUAUGGACAGCACCGAUAGCCUCGUCCCCGAGAAGUAUGAGGAGGCUCGCAUCGAGAGCCCCUCGAACUCACCCACCUAUGCCAACCCCCUCCGAUCGAACGCCGUGUACCCCAUCCAGCCGGCUCCCUCACCCGUGAGGGUGCCUGAGCCUGCACAGGUCUCAACCUACCAGACUCCGAAGGCCAUGGGUCACGCUCGCAAGAGGUCAUACUCCUUGUUCCCUCCCGAGCAGAACAACAACACCAAGUCUAUCACUUUGCUUCCCGCCACUACCUAUUCCCCCAACCCCAAUAAGAACGACGAGGAUGAUGUCUUCUUCUUGAGGCCGCCUCCGUCAAUUCACCCACAGGGCAUCCGCCACCGCCGCGACUCUUCAAUGGCGUCGUCGGCGACUGUGCAGAUUGGCCUUCGCCUGUCAAACGUCGACGACAUGCCCCCCCUCAACUCUCGCUACUUUGAGAACAACAACAGCGUUACAGCGCUGGAUUGUCCCAACGAGACUGAGGUCCCCAAGCGGCCCAGCCCCUUGGCUCAGGUCGACGUCGUCAGCGACAGCAGCUCUUCUGACUCUUCCGACUCUGAGGACGAGGACAACACCUUGGUGCAGUCCCCUGUCCGAUCUGAGAAGGAUGUUCGGAUGAAGAACCUUCCUGCUGUUCCCAAGGUUGCUGUGCCCAGACAGUCUCAACUGAAGCAGGACGAAGGCCAGCUCACUCUGAGCCCUGCUGUCUACAGGCCUGAGAGCCCUCAAAAGACAAGAGUCACAAGCCCUCAGGGCGUUGGCUUCAACACUCCUGCGCGAAAGCCUUCUGUUCCCGCCAAGUGCACGAAGCGGAACUGCCAAUGCGAUCUUCCUCACGACAAGCGUGACUGGAUCUAG